GAUCCAAAAUAACCGAAACCGAACUAAAAAUACCCGAACCCGAUCCGAAGUACAAAAAUACCCGAACGGGUUCUACACCUCUAUACCGAAAUACCCGAAAAUCCGAAAUAUCCGAUCCGAACCCGAACGGGUACCCGAACUCCCACCCCUACUUAAGAUCAUGUUUGCAACAUUAGAGAGAGUAAAUGAACCCUGUUUUAUUUUGCACGAUUACUCAAAAUAAAUCAAAAUUAUGUGGUGGUUUUGUAAAAUUACUUAAGAUUAUGUUAUUUCCAUUUUAAUACUCCUUCCAUUUCAUAGUAAGUUUAGUUGUACAGAAAUUUUUUGGUUACAAAAUAAAUGUCAUUUUCGACUUUCAAUACAAAAUUUAUUAAUUUUAGUUAACAAUUUAUUUUUUCUUUAAUUAUAUUUGACAUAAGGAAGAUUUGUCUUGUGACAAUGUUUUCUAAUGUAUCUCUAUCAAUAUCAUGCACAUUUUCCAGGAAAAACAGCAGCAGAUGGAAGAGCUAAACGCCAAAGAGGAAGAGCUUCUCAAAGGAAACCCACUGCUUAACAACACUCCAACUUCGUAUAGUGUCAAAAGGAGGUGGGAUGAUGAUGUGGUAUUCAAGAAUCAGGCACGUGGGGAAAUGAAAGCACCCAAGCGGUUCAUCAAUGACACAAUCAGGAAUGACUUCCACAGAAAGUUCCUGCACAGAUACAUGAAGUGAUUGAACAAGAGCGUUACUUGGUCCUUGUCUGUAUUGAUGAAUGACUAAGGCUUUUAGAUUCUGUCUCUUGUACUAAAACUGAACCAAUCAAUGAUUGUUAUAUGGUUUAUAAUCAGAAGCUUAUGCGUUUGACUCUGUUGCUACUCCCUCAGAUUCCUACUCUUUCAUGUUCUUCAGGCUUUGUUGGUCAUUACGUUGACAUCACAUAGGUUAACAAAAAUAUGAAGGAAAUACAGUCAUCAAAUGUUGAUAUGGCCGAGUAGGUCUAAGGCGCCAGAUUAAGGUUCUGGUCCGAAAGGGCGUGGGUUCAAAUCCCACUGUCAACAUCAUCUUUUGCUUUUUUUGUUUUCUGUCAUUAAAAAUAGAAAAGGACACCCGUGGGAGAAAAAGGAAGGAUUUGCUAAGGACAGAAAGAACAUCAAAUAAGUUUUUAUUGCCAUAUUGUAGACAUCUUUUAGUGUGUGUUUGAAUAAUUUAAGUGUGGCUUUUUAUGUCUAGCUUAGAUUAUGUUAUGGAGUUUGUUUUGUUUCACUGCCAUAAGAAUAAUCAUUUGGUAGAGUCUCUCUCAUUAGAUGAUCCAUGACUCAUUUUUAGUUCCCCUCCUACCUUGCUUAGGCUGCAUUAUUAUACGAUUUAUCUUAAGAAUCUCUGCUUAAGGUGAAUCCAUCAAUCUUUAGCCCUCAUGUUGAAUGCUUCCUGCGGUCUCUUCUUAUGCCCAUAGAUUUGAAUUUUGAACUCUGGUUAGAUUUUGAGCUAGUGCAUGUGUAAGUAGUUUUUUUUUGUCAACUGUUUAUAUAGGUUUUGUUGUUCUAGAAGUAUAUGGUAAUUGUUAUGGUUAAAAGGGAUUUAAAAUAAAUUUGAUGAGUUUAAAGAUCCCUAACUUGUAGCUACACCUAAGAGUUUUCUUUCAUCAGAGAACUUCUUAACAAAAAGCAAACAUCUAUUUACGGCAGAGAAAACGAUAAUCUCUUCUGAUAUUCAGAACCACAAAAGAAAUGGUAUAUAGAAAAACCACUAUUUUUAGAUGUACAUUUUUUUUUUACAUUUAACUUGAUUUUCUCUAAUUUUCAGAAGCCUUUUUUCAGUUCCACAAUUUCAUUGUCGUCUAUUUUUAGAGGUUUCUCUAUUCGUAAGAAGGUAAAGAGAAACAAAGAAGGAAGGAAAGAAAAAAAAUAAAAUGGAAGGGAAAGAGAAAGAAGAAGCUAAGAGGAGGACGAUGAUGAAUAAGAUCAAACUUAAGGAGACACAACAAGAGAUAAGCCAAGAAGACGUCAAAAGACAAGAAGCUUACAACAUGUCCCCACGUGUACGUGGUGGUGGUGGGCCAGCGGGUAUGGUGAAGUCAUCGAGCGUGAGGCUAAGCUGUUUGUGUGCACCAACCACACACCCUGGCUCCUUCAGGUGCCGCUACCACCGUCGUAACGCUGGACUCGGAAUGUCACGUGGCAUAUCUGUUCCGACUAACCUUUCCAUGUUGGCUGGAGGAGGAGGAGGCUCUAAUUCUACCUCUGGCUCUCCCAAGUCCUGAAGUCGUCCCACGAUUAAAUAAAAUAUAAAUGAAUGUGUUUCUUCUCAAUACUAAAUUUCUCAAAUGUGUGUUUGUAUAUAAAUUAUUGAGACAGGCUUUGAUUUUCUUUUCCUUAUAUUAUGUUGGUAAAUAAUUUUCUCUUACUUUAUAUUAUGUUCUGAUUCUCCA